UUGUUGCUACCCGUCCGUACCUUACUGUUCAUCUGUUAGAAAUGGCUGAAGCCCCUCCACGGCCCUGCCGGUUUUUUUGCCACCGGUGUUCAGCAGAAAUUACUCCACGUUUACCGGACUAUACAUGUCCACGAUGUGAAUCUGGUUUUAUUGAAGAAUUAUCGGAAGACAGAAGGAGCUCCGAAAAUGGGUCUGCAUCCACCUCCUCUGCCAGUGAUCACACUCGUCAAGCUUUUGAGAACAUGGAUCACCAGCACUUAUUUACAUUUCCCCCUGGAUAUGGUCCUUUCACCCUGGGCAUUUUUGAUGAAAAUUUUGACCUCCGAACGCGUUUACCCUCAGAGGACAACAGAGAGACAGAAAACAGGAGGGAAAGGGAAAUGGCAUCCCGUCAGCGAUACAGUGCCAGGCAGCCACGGGGUCGACAUGUUCCUAGGCGACAGGGUACGCGUCAUGAGGGAGUGCCCACCUUAGAAGGAAUUAUCCAGCAGCUAGUUAAUGGAAUCAUAGCACCUACAGCCAUGCCGAAUAUUGGGAUGGGACCAUGGGGUAUGCUACAUUCUAAUCCAAUGGACUAUGCUUGGGGUGCCAAUGGACUUGAUGCCAUCAUCACACAGUUAUUAAACCAGUUUGAGAACACUGGUCCCCCUCCUGCAGACAGAGAAAGAAUAAAGAACUUACCAACCAUUUCCAUCACACAAGAACACGUCAGUGCUGGUUUAGAGUGUCCCGUGUGCAAAGAAGACUACAGUGUUGAAGAGAGAGUUAGACAACUUCCAUGCAAUCACUUGUUUCACAAUGACUGCAUAGUGCCGUGGCUGGAGCAGCACGAUACAUGCCCCGUGUGUAGGAAGAGUCUUAGUGGACAGAACACAGCCACAGACCCACCAGGGCUAUCGGGAAUGAACUUCUCUCCUUCCUCCUCCUCCUCAUCCUCCCCAAGCUCACCUAGUAAUGAAAAUGCGGCCAGCAACUCAUAGACCUUCCUCUGUGGUCUGCAAACACCAAAACCUGCUGAGAUCAAGGCCGUUUUCUGUUGUGACUCUUGAGGACUAACUUGACUUUUAGUCAUUCCUCUCUGUGUGUUGAAUGGAUGCCAGGUCCAGCGCCUGCUGCUAUUGUUCCAGACUUUAAGAGACGUUUAGACUGAGUUGAAAGAGAAUUCAGAGAGGUUGUGAAUUAUAAUACCAAUGGGAUUGCGACCAGACCCGGAUCUUUUGUUUUGAGCCAUCAUGGACUGCUUUUUGAUGGGGCCGUGUCUUUGCCACCAAGGCUGAGAGACGUUUUAUAUAUUUAAAGGUCACAAAUGUUCUUUUUAGAUACAUGAAGAAAAGAGACAAAAAACAAUGCCUGUGGUGGUGUUAAAUUAAGUGAUGCCUGGAUAUAGAAUUUAUUUGGAACUGUCACACUGUGCAGCCAAAAAAUCAAAUUAGAUUGCCCUUGUGAAAGAAUCUGAUAUACAGCAGAAUUUCUAUUUAUUUGUAUCUUCCUUUUGCAUAGCAUUCUGCGUCGUAGUGAGAAUGUGAAUUUGGGUAAACUACUGUACAAAUACAAACAGGAUACAACUUUUUCUUUCAAUUCAUUUUUCAGAACGUGUUUGCUUUUUUUUUUUUAAAUUAACCUUUUAUCCAAGCUUAUUCUGAUGUAAACAUUUGUUACCGAGGUAAAAAUGGUUACAGCUCAACAAAUGCACAUGCUUUUUAGUCCUCUAGUGACCGUCGGAGGCGUGGAUAAUCUUACCUCUAUGGAAGUGGCCAAAUGUGUUUCACUAAACAAGUGUUAUUUUAUUUGCUGAAUUUUUGUACUGUUACAAUAAAGUGCUAACCCCCCCCCAAACAGAUUUCAAGAUUUCUGUGAAAAA